AUGACAUCUCCCAGAGUGAUAGACAACAUGCAAAGUAGCUUUAAGCAAAUGAACGUUUCUUCUUCCCCAGGAGUAGUUUCUACUUCUCCUACUUCUUCGUUUAUGAAUGCUAUGUCGCAGCGCCUCUCUGCUGCUAAGCAGGCCAAGACUUUGAAGCCCUUUUCUACUGGCGAUAUGAAGAUUCUACUGCUCGAGAACGUGAACCAGACUGCCAUUGAUAUUUUUAAUGAGCAGGGUUACCAGGUUGAGUUCUACAAGUCAUCGCUUCCUGAGGAAGAGUUGAUUGCUAAAAUCAGGGAUGUUCAUGCCAUUGGUAUUAGGUCGAAGACCAAACUGACAGCUGAAAUUCUAAAGCACGCUAAGAAUCUGGUUUGUAUUGGAUGUUUCUGUAUUGGUACAAACCAAGUUGACUUGGACUACGCUGCCACGAGAGGUAUUUCCGUGUUUAACUCUCCUUUCUCUAACUCUAGAUCGGUUGCCGAGCUGGUUAUUGCGGAGGUUAUUUCGCUUGCUAGACAGCUUGGAGACAGAUCCAUUGAACUACACACUGGCACCUGGAACAAAGUUUCACACCGUUGUUGGGAAGUUAGAGGCAAGACGUUGGGUAUAGUUGGAUACGGUCAUAUUGGGUCUCAAUUGUCUGUUCUUGCCGAGGCUUUUGGUAUGCAUGUCUUGUACUACGACAUUGUUACCAUCAUGGCGUUAGGUACAGCUAAGCAGGUCUCUACUUUGGAUGAGUUGCUAAAUAGAUCCGACUUCGUGACUCUACAUGUCCCAGCUACUGAGGAGACUGAAAAUAUGAUUUCCGCUCCACAACUAGCAGCUAUGAAGGACGGUGCCUAUUUGAUCAACGCUUCCAGAGGUACCGUUGUUGACAUUCCUUCUCUAAUACAGGCCAUAAAGUUUGGUAAGAUCGCUGGUGCAGCGCUAGACGUAUAUCCAAACGAACCAGCCAAAAACGGCUCUGGUGUCUUUAACGAUGAAUUGAACCCUUGGAUCUCAGAACUUGUUUCGCUUCCAAAUGUGAUCCUUACACCUCAUAUCGGUGGCUCCACCGAAGAGGCACAAAGUGCCAUUGGUGUUGAGGUUGCAGCAUCCUUGAGCAAAUAUAUCAACGAAGGUAACUCUGUUGGUGCCGUGAACUUCCCAGAAGUUUCCCUAAGAUCUCUGGAUCUAGAUCAAGAAAACACUGUUCGUGUUCUAUAUAUCCAUCACAAUGUGCCCGGUGUGCUAAAGACUGUUAACAACAUCUUAUCCGAUCACAAUAUUGAGAAGCAAUUCUCGGAUUCUAGAGGGAACAUUGCUUACCUGAUUGCCGACAUUUCAGAUGUCAACAUGGGUGGAAUCAAGGACAUUUACGACCGUUUGAACGAAACGCAGUAUAAGAUUUCCAUCAGAUUACUAUAUUAA